AUGAUCGACUGCUCAGACAGCGAAUGUUGCUCCCACCCUAGCUGCUCCGACCACAUCAUGUGCAUCUCCAGCAACGAUCCAGUCGAGGUUUUGCUCCGCAAGCAGCCGCCUUCAGUGACCGCAUCUUUUUACCAGCGCGUCAAGUUCCUCAUCGAAGAGAACUCGGUGCAGUCGUACGCCCACAUGGACGAGUACACCGAAAGCGAGUUCUGGAACUCCUUUACACCGCGCCGAGUUGCAGUGAUGCGAGGCCAGGUGGUGACACCCCAAGGAUUAGGCAUCGUCGGCAUCAGAGUGUCGGUUGACAGGGAGUCAAGAUUCGGAUUCACCCUUACCAGGCAAGGGGGAUGGUUUGAUGUUCUGGUGAAUGGUGGAGGAGCAGUAACGUUGCAGUUCCAAAGAUCUCCGUUCAAACCAAUGACAAUAACAGUAUUCGUGCCAUGGAACCAGAUCAUAGUACUACCACCUAUUCAUAUGCAACUGAGUGAUGACGCUGAUGUGGGACACACCCCAAAAAGUUUCCUGGCGAAGAACCCUGCCCUGAGCUUCCCCGGCGUCUCCCGCAGCCUCCUCCUUCCGGGCGGCACGCUGCCGCCCACCUGCACCGCCCACGACCCCGACCUGCUCGCCCCUCUCGUGGCGGGCACGUGGCUGCCCGAGGCGGUGGGCGGCCUGAAAGGCGCCAGCGCCAUCUUGGCCGAGACGCAGAUCGUGCAAGAGGCCAUCCGGAUCCCCGGGUCGGAGCUCAAUAUCUUGUACCAGAGCUCGCAGGCUACCGGGUAUCUCAGUACUAUUCAUAUGCGGUUGACAGGGGCUGUUACGCCGGCUAGUUUGACACAUGUCUACGUAAGAGUUGAAGUCGAAGGCUCUCUUCACACGAAAACCUACGAAGCCGACCCCAACCUGACCCACGUGUUCGCGUGGAACAAACGCAACAUCUACAAGCAAAAAGUGUACGGGAUAGUGCAGGCAAAAGUAUCGGUAGGGUACCAGCACGAAGGAUGCGAGGAACCCGUUUGGGUGUCCCAAACU